AAAUAUAAUAAAAACAGCUGUUGCUAGGGCUAAUUGUAAUUGGGGAAAUUGUUGCUUCUUAAUCUGCUGCAGUUUGCUUGCUUGCCCGGAGGAGCAGCAGCAAGCAAAUAGAGCAAGAAAUGGCAAGUAGCAAGAAGGUGGAGACACGUCUCUGUGCCGUUACCUUCUUUGCCAAAGUACAUCCGGGCGAUGUAUGUGGCAGUAAUGGGCUGCCAUUGACCCCGAAUUCUAUAGCGAUUUUGGGAAGAGCACAGCGCCUCAAAGAGCUAAAGGAUGAGCAUUUGUGUCAAUAUUUGGAUGUAAUAAGGGACAAACAUGAACGGACAAUUGUGGUAUCAGAGUAUUUGGGAUGUUCCCUUGAAGAUCAUAUACAACGUAGCUCUGGUCAUCAUCUCGAAAUCAAUGAAAUCCUGCGAAUAUUCUAUCAAGUGGCCGGCGGCCUUAAUGUGCUGGUCAAACACAAAUUGGUAGUCCAUAAUCUAGAGCCGAAACAUAUAUUAAUGGAAUCGGAUGGAAGUAGAAUUAAAUUAUUCAAUUAUGGACUGCAUCAUAUGACCAAAGGAGGAGCCUAUGUCCCGUUUCCCAUUGGGAAUAUACGUUAUAUGUCACCCGAACGUCUAAUGGGACAAAAUGGAAAUAUCAAGAGUGAUGUAUGGUCAUUGGCCAUGAUAAUGGUCGAAUUGAUAUUCCACAUUGAAUUGUGGCCCAAAUUGAAAAUCUCGAAUGUGGCCAGAAAAAUUCUGGCUCUAGGUCGUAGCAAUAAUGUGAUCGAGAAGCUGGCCAGAGAACAUCAAUGCUAUGAGGCAUAUUUGGCCAUGGAUAAGGAUCUCAGGGACUUGCUGGAUAGAUGUUUGAGUGUGCUGCCCAAGCAGAGGCCAUUACCCCAAGAGGUGAUGCAGCACAGUUGCUUUCAAUCGGUGGUCGAGUCAUUGGCCCGCAAGGAACCCAAACCAGAUGACGGGAAACCCAAGCCGCUGCUCUUGCAUUGUCCAUUGUCACAAAUUUAUCAUCUCUGGCAGCUAGCCGGUGGUGAUGUCCAGGCGGAGCUUAAGAAAGAAGGACUCAUACGUAGUGAGGCCCCGAUUUUGGGCUUGCCACAAAUCGUACGCCUGAAUGGCUCCAGUGUGUGUCCAAAGCGUAGUCAAUCGCAUUUAAUGGAUGAUCGUGUUGUGCCACUCAAAUUGCAACCACUUAUUCAGCGCUUAAGUCGCCUACCAGCCCAUAUUUAUUUCCCCUUGUUGCAUUCACCUCGUUUUGCGCCGCUGCAGCAACAAUUUGCCAGCGAAUUGCAGCAACUGCCACUGAUUAUACGGGAACGUGACAUUGAAUAUCAAUUCCAUCGUGUACGACUAUUUGCCACUCUACUUCAGGGUUAUCCUCAUACGGCCGAGUUGUUGCAACGCGAGGCGUCUGUGGAUAUUCCACCGCUAUUACGUGGCCCUGUGUGGGCUGCUUUGUUGGAUGUUUUGCCCAAUUGUAGUUAUACGAAGAUUGAUAAAUUCACUGCCACAUCAACGGAUCGGCAGAUUGAGGUCGAUAUCCCGAGAUGUCAUCAAUAUGAUGAGCUACUCUCGUCACCCGAUGGUCAUCGGAAAUUGAAACGUUUACUCAAGGCUUGGGUAACAGCACAUCCGCAAUAUGUCUACUGGCAGGGCCUAGAUUCAUUAACGGCUCCCUUUCUCUAUCUCAAUUUCAAUAAUGAGGAAUUAGCUUUUCUCAGUCUAUUUAAGUUUAUACCGAAAUAUUUACAAUGGUUUUUCCUUAAGGACAAUUCGGCCAUCAUUAAGGAGUAUUUAAGUAAAUUCUCACAAUUGACUGCAUUCCAUGAGCCGCUUCUUGCUCAGCAUUUGGCCAGCAUUAGUUUUAUACCGGAACUUUUUGCCAUACCCUGGUUCCUAACCAUGUUCUCACAUGUCUUUCCACUGCACAAGAUAUUGCAUUUGUGGGAUAAACUAAUGCUGGGCGAUAGCUCAUAUCCAUUAUUCAUUGGGAUUGCCAUAUUGAAGCAAUUAAAGACAACACUCCUCAAUUCUGGCUUCAAUGAGUGUAUACUUCUAUUCUCCGAUCUGCCCGACAUUGUUAUGGAGAAUUGUGUGAUUGAAUCACAGAAAAUGUACGAGGCAACACCGAAGAGUAUAACACAUCGUCAGCAUGCUGUGCCCCAACAGCCAUUGCAUCCAUUGGACAUUGGCAUUGGUGAUGUUCAAUUAAAGCAUUUACAGACCGAACAAUGCCCACGCAUUAGUGCCAAGGAUGUCCAGCAUUUGUUGAUGCAUUCAUCCAGCGAAUUGGCUCUUAUCGAUUUACGUGGCAUAUUGGAAUAUAGCCAUGUUCAUGUACCACAUAGCAUUAAUAUACCCUUUGCCACCGUUCAGUUGGGUGAACAGCGUCUCGAUGCACUCAAUGUGCCACAAUUGGAGGCACAAUUGCGUGGACGUAUUGUUGUUUGUGUUAGCAAUAUACAUCAGCAUGCCAUUGAGUUCUCCAAUUUUCUGGUAGCCUGCGGUGUUCUGCGUACUUGUAUUCUUCACAAGGGAUUCAAUGUCCUGCACUCAAUUGAGCCAAAUAUACUCAUCUCGAAUUGAGCCUUGUUUCAAUUUCUGUUUCUUUCAUUGGUUUAUCCUAUCUCCUCGUAUCCUGUGUUCGCUUGGCUCGACUAACUAUCCUAAGUUUAAGCUCAAUGUAAAUGAUAAUGUUUUUUUGAAUGCUAUACAUCAUUCUUACCGAUAUUUAUAUACUUAUAUGUACAUAUAUAAACAUGUUUAUGUAUACUACUUUAAAUGAUGCAUGUAAGUAUAGUAUGUACCUUUAAAUAUAUAUAUAUAUAUAUAUAUAUAUAUAUAUAAAUAUAUAUUCUAUUUGUAUUUUAUAAAAAAAAA